ACACACACACACACAGAUGGCUCUUUAAUCCUGUAUGUAAAUCACAGCCAAUGGAUGAGGGUGUUGAGCUGGGCUGGGAUUAGCAAAGGCGAAUGAGUUUCAAUUUUACUGGAUUACAGAACAAAGAAAAGGGGAAAGGGGACAGUGUCCCUGCGUUAAAGACAAGAAAAAGGACGGAAAAUAAAACCGGACCAAAUCUCGCUGUAAUCUCACCGAAAGUCUCCGGAAAAGGAAGACUAAUAUGCUCCAGAUUAUGCGGUUUUGUGUGGCGUUGCUUUAAACGGGAAAUUCCGCCCUGCACUAUUGGAUUAAACACGGAGAAUAAAAAAACCCCACAACAACCCAGUCUGGGAUUGAUAAGGAAGAGAAAUGGCGCAGCUGCGGAAGCUGGGCUGUGAUGGGAUGAGGCAUAACUCUCGCGCUGAGCUCCAUGGGCCACAGACAUCCACCAGACACGAAAUCCUCACCAGUUUAGUAUCUGCACUGGACUCCGUGUGCACUGCUAUGUCUAAGCUGAACGCCGAGGUAGCCUGUGUCACCGUGCACGAGGACAGCGUGAUCGCCAUUGGAACAGAAAAGGGGAGAAUUUUCCUCAACUCCAGGAAGGAAAUACAGACAGACUUUCACAAAUUUUGCAGGGUGUCCUGUCUGCAAGCAUUAAAUUCAAUCAGCUCCCACACCAAAGCCCUGGAUACAGACAGCAGCCGGACCGGUAAAGACGGUCUACUGCCAGCAAAACAGCAGCGAGCCGUAACAGACGUUCACUCCAAUAUCUUUGUCCUGAGGAAGAUGGUGGAAGAAGUCUUCAGUGUGCUUUAUAGUGAGGCUGUAGGGAAGAGCAGCCUGGUCCCUGUGCCUUAUGAAUGGAUUCAGAAGGAGCCUGGUGCUGUGCUCAUUCAUGGCCUCCCUGAUGGUGUGACCCUGAGGAGACCUGCUGAUUAUGACACCAAGACCUUAAUGAAGAUUCUGGAACAGAGCAACCGCAUUCGCUUCAUUGUCAAAAGAGUGCCAGACGAAGCCGCGCGCGACGGUAAAUCCUGUCCGGAAAGCAAUCACCACCCCUCCCCUGCUGUUAAGGGUGCCAGCAACCAUACGCCUGUUAAAACACCCACACAGGAAGUGUCUGCUAGCAACUCUAUGCUCUCCAGCUUCCUGUAUGGAAUACCCGUGCCUUCCCAGACACACCCUGAAGCUAAAGGCGAGGCGAAACCCACGGUGCUGCACGGUCUGGUCAAGGAACGGCUAGCAACUUGGGCACCGAGCGACGAGAAGGCGGCUGUGCCCAAAGAGGCCACUGACAACGGUGAGCGGAUAGCACUCGCAGGAGACGUCGCUCAGAGCUCUCCCAGUAUCCAUGUCUCCAAACGCCUGCUCUUUUCCAUAGUACAUGAAAAAUCAGAAAAAUGGGACGCCUUCAUCAGAGAGACAGAGGACAUCAACACGCUGCGGGAAUGCGUGCAGAUCCUAUUUAAUAGCCGCUACGCUGAAGCUUUGGGUUUGGAUCAUAUGGUCCCCGUUCCGUACCGGAAGAUCGCCUGCGACCCAGAAGCAGUCGAGAUCAUCGGGAUUCCAGACAAGAUCCCCUUUAAGCGGCCGUGCACCUACGGAGUGCCGAAACUCAAACGGAUCCUGGAGGAGAGGCACAGUGUCCGCUUUGUCGUGAGGCGGAUGUUCGAUGAGCGGAUCUUCACUGCCGCAGGGAAAAUAGCUAAAGAGGAAGGCAAGCAGGACGGAUCCUCCCCCGAAGAUUGCUUCCCAGAGGGGCUUAGGAUGCCAAGCUCCGCGCUCGAGCUGGUCAGCAACACCCACAGCAGCAGAUCCACUAGUUCCUGUGUCAGUCCCUUAGCAGACUGCGAAGCAGGGCCCUCGGGAGACUGCUUACCUUUAAAAAAGGUCAAAACGGAGCCACCAGAUGGAGAAAUUAUUCAGGUCACUGUGCCAGAGAACACGGCAGCCUCGGAGGAGCCCAGCAAGCCUCAGGUUGAACUUGUGACCCCUGAUCAUCGCCGCCCCCUGGAGCCUCUAGCAGUCGAAGAACUGGCGCAGAAGUCUUCGCCACAAGGGCUCAAGAGAGUCGUCGAAGAAGACAUUGGAGAGAUGAUUCUUCAGCUGCGAAAGCAAGUGGACAGUCUCUUCAGCACCAAAUACGCGGAGGCUCUGGGCUUACCUGAGCCGGUGAAGGUUCCCUACUCGAAGUUCCAGAUGUAUCCCGAGGACCUGUACGUCACAGGGCUACCAGAAGGGAUCACGUUCCGGAGACCAAACUGCUUCGGUGCAGCCAAACUUCGCAAGAUUCUCAGUGCCAGUAACCAGAUCCAGUUUGUUAUAAAAAGGCCAGAUUUGCUAACUGAAACACAGAUGAAGCUUGAACCUCUCUCUCAGCCAGAUUACCAUCCAGAAUGCGAUCCUAAAGACAUUGUGGGAGAAGAUCCUGGACCUGCCUCUAAGAGACCUGGAUUCUUGGAUAGCUUAGAGGCCAAACUGUCUCGCAUAGACUUGGCCAACACGCUGCGCGAGCAGGUUCAGGAUCUGUUCAACAGGAAGUAUGGGGAGGCACUAGGCAUCAAGUAUCCUGUGCAAGUGCCUUACAAGAGGAUCAAGAGCAACCCCGGCUCGGUGAUCAUCGAGGGCUUGCCACCGGGAAUCCCUUUCAGGAAACCGUGCACGUUCGGCUCGCAGAACCUCGAGAGGAUACUGGCGGUGGCUGAUAAGAUCUCCUUCACCAUUAUGAGGCCUUUCCAAGGACUUAUCCCCAAACCAGCACCAAGAAGAAUCACGUUAUUGAAGAAAGCGUACUCGUCCAUAAGCGCAGAAGAGGAAGACCUCAACCGCAUGGGUGAAAAAGUCAUAUUGAGGGAACAAGUAAAAGAGCUGUUCAAUAAGAAAUACGGAGAAGCUCUGGGUUUGGAUCGACCCGUCGUUGUCCCGUACAAGCUUAUCCGAGCCAGUCCCGACUCUCUGGAGGUGUGCGGACUCCCGGAAGACGUUCUUUUCCGUAACCCGAACACCUACGACAUCGCCCGGUUGGAGAAGAUCCUCCAGGCUCGAGACGACAUAACUAUCCAUAUUAAAACACCUCUACAGCCUUUCGUUCAGCUCUGUCCACAGACUUCAAGUUCAGAAGGAAACGAAGUCGCGGUGAAUCGACGCAAACGAAAACGAGUGCUGGAUAACAGUCGAUCUGCCCCGCCUGAGGAAGAAGACCCUAACAUUUCGACCAAUCAGAUUCCAGUGAUGCAAUGGCCCAUGUACAUGGUGGACUACAGUGGAGUGAAUGUCCAAGUUCCAGGGAAGGUUAAAUACUAAUCCUGACCGUAAAAGAACCACGAGGGAAAAACCUGUGAGAUGAACUCAGCCGGAGCUCUUGUGUCUGAUCGCACUGUAAACCAAUAACUAGUGUGUGGAAGCUUCCGUUCAUGACCUCCUCGAGCAGAUGGACAGAGGAACAGACCGAGGAGGCGCUCGUCACGCUUUCAGGAGUGCUUAAUUUGCGAGAUCGUCCCUUUUCCAAUUUUUGCGCUUUAUUUCCAGGAAGGUGUUGAAAGAAUGUUUUUUUGGUUCAUAUUCUUAGUGAGUAAUGCAUCACUUUGCAUUAUACAGUCGCCCUGUACAUGACAACCUGCAAGUAGUCAUUAUCUAACACUGUAGUUAAGGAUGAUAUGAUACACCAUGGGAAGUAUCUACUCUUGGACACCAUCAUUAAAAGAAUGAGGAACCCUAACUGGUGCUGAACACGUGCAUACCGCGUACUACUCCUGUAGUAAGAUUGACACAUAGCUAAAAAUGUUGUACUAUUAUUUAUUUAUUUAUUGAAAUAAAAAUAAAAAAAAAUAGGAAUUUGUAUAUGCAGGGAAUGGAAGUGUUACGUGCUGAAUUUCCGUGACUGAUAACACUCAAACGAUUUAGCUACUGUAUGUACACACAGAGGUUUUUAUUUUAUUUUUUAUUUUUUUUUUCUUCAUUGAUUAAGUCGAGUUGGAGUACUCUAACAUGAUAGCACUAACAUAUUUCAAUGAAAUGGCUUUUUCUAUUAUUAUUAUUAUUAUUAUUGUUAUUAUUAUUAUUAUUAUUAUUAUUAUUAUUAUUAUUAUUGACUUGUAAUUUACUCCUACUCUCCUGGAUCGUGGAGGAUAUUAUUUCACAGAGAAACACACCAUGAAUGUAUUGUAUUGUAAAAGAAGACCGGUAUAAUGUUAUUCAAUAUGGACUGUCUCUGGAAUCACCAGUAUUUAUAUGCUGUACUUUAAUGCCAUUUAGGCCUUUUAAAUAAAAUGUGUUGCCUUGCGUUCACUGCAUUUUUUGCAUGUGAUUAAAGAUGUUUAACACAUUUAA